GAAGUAAAGGCACAGAGUGAGUGUGUGUGUGUGCGCAUGUGUGUGUGUGUCUAUUCAUUCGAGUCAGCUACAAGAGAAUAGAUUAGACAGAGUAACCCAUUCGUCUUUCCAUUCAAUUCACCUGACUGCUGUUUUGUUUAUUCAACAACAACAACAACAACUUCAUCAGCCUAGUGGAGAGAUCAUUUUUUUAUAGACCUACCAGCAAAAUGGCUUUCUCUGGAAUUUCAAUUAUCGCGAUAAUUCUUCUUUCUGUAUGUUUCGCUCACGGUGUAAAUACUGGAAAUGACAACAUAAACACACACCCCAGGGAUAAAGUCGAUGUUUUCAGUAAAUUCCUGAAGAAUUUCAAUUUGAAAGGAAAUCUCUCGUUACCAAUCCGUUCCAUGGAAUCCAGUCUGAGUAAAUUCUAUUCCCGAUAUUACUGCUCAUCCAAACGAACAUGUAAGACGUCUUUGUGCUUCACUGCUAAAGACAUCCUUGGAAUCGUUCAACUGAAUUCAUCAUCUGAUGUCAUAACCAGAGAAGAAUUUUCAAACUUCUCUUUGGUUUUACUCUACCAUUUGCAGAACGUCUCCAAUGAUUGUCAGUCUCCUAGGGGUUCCUUCACAAACUAUCAAACCAAAAUGAUGCAUUUAUUAACGGACGACUCUAAAAGUAUAUCCAAAAUUAAAGUCGACAUGUUUCUUCACAAACUUCUAAACCUCGGCCACCAGGACGACGAUGACGAUCACAACGAAGACCACGCCGGCCAUGGUCAUGCUGCACGCUCUAGGGAUGGUGGCGAUAAUCACGAUGAUCACGAUCACCAUGAAAACCAUGAUGACCACGAUGAUCAUGAUGACCACGAUGAUCAUGAUGACCACGAUGAUGAUGAUCAUGAUGAUGAUCAUGAUGACCAUGAUGAUGAUGAUGAUCAUGAUCAUCAUGAGGACGAUCACGACGAUGAUGGUAAUGGUCACGAUAAUCACGAUGAUGACAAUCAUGAUGAUGAUGCCUUACCAUCAGUUUUCAAGAAAAAGUGUUUCAGUGUUGAUAUUAUUUUGGACCAAGCAGACGUAUUAAAAGACGAGGUCAGCAUUUCAGAUAAGUUACAACGUAUUUCCGAAAUUAUCGUCGGCCAUAUAUUUUCAACCUCAACCAUUCGUGAAAGUUGCCGGUUGUUGCCGAAGAGAAGUGCGUUUAUUAACGACAUAUUUAAAACUUUUGGAUCGAAAAAUCACAUGUCUACAGAUGAUUUUAAGAAAGUAAUUAAGCAGCUAGGUCUUGGAACAAAGAAUCAAGAAAAAGAUGCACAUGACCACCAGCAUUCCAAGCGAGCAGUUCAGCCGAUGAAAAGAGUAAGCGAUUGUUUUGACGGUUCGGAGCUGUUAGCAAUCUUCAAGGAUCCAAAUAAUAAUGCCUCAGUCUUGUUGCCAGAACAAUUUUCGGAGCUCAGUCCCGCCAUUAUACAACAACUUCUUUCUAGUUCUUGCCGGAAAAAAGCUGUUAAACCAAGCCAUUACAAACACUAUGGCUAUGGAAUAUUAGCUGUUGCGGUAAUCUGUUUUUGUUCGCUUUUUGGAGUAUUCAUGAAAAUAUGCAAGAACAAAGUCUAUGGUUAUACGAUGGCGUUUUUCGAAGGACUUGCAGUUGGAACAUUGGCCACCGAUGCUUUACUCCAUUUGAUUCCUCAAGCUCUUGGAGUCCAUAGUCACGAAAGCAUGGACGCCGAUGAAAGCUCUCAACCAAACGCAUUAUGGUUUUCUUUGGCUACUUUUGCCGGUGCCUAUGGUUUCUACCUGCUUGAAGUUGGCUUCACGGUUGUAACGAAGGAAAAUGGACACUCACAUGACCUACAGAAAGAUUCGAAGUUUUCUGAAGUCUACAAAAUCCCAAGUGAGAAGAACAACUCUUUGGAAAAUCCGAAAAGUAUGGCCGAACCGAAUAUUCAAGAGAGACCAAACAAAUGUUCUUCGCUUUCUCUCAUAAUUAUACUCGGCGAUGCUUUGCACAAUUUUGCUGAUGGCCUCACCAUAGGAGCAGCGUUUUCAACAUCCGCGUCGUUUGGUCUCAUGACAAGCAUUGCUGUUCUGUGCCAUGAACUGCCGCACGAAUUAGGGGAUUUUGCUGUCCUCUUGGCGAAUGGAAUCAGUUUCAAACUUGCCCUCCUCUUCAACUUCGCGUCGUCGUUGACCGCUUUUGUGGGCCUCUUCAUCGGAUUGGGCAUCUCUACUGAAUUUAUCGUUCGUCGGUGGAUAUAUGCUGUGGCUGCAGGGAUGUUCCUGUAUAUAGCAUUUGUCGAUUUGUUCCCAAUAAUGAAAAAGCAUAAAACGGUGAGAAGCUUGAUUAGUCUUUUCAGCAACGCUGGUUUAAUUUUUGGUGUCAUAAUAAUAACCUUACUUGGCUUUUAUGAAGAGAAAAUCGUCGGCCACUAAAACGCCGAACGGACUGGGCCAGCGAACAAUUUGGACAGGAAGAGGAGUGGAUAUGAUUCAACGACGCAACAUUCGGCUAUCUGUCACCCAUAUGCAUAUGUAUGUACGUAUACAUGCAUGUGCGUAUGUAUGUUGUGUGUGUGUGUGUGUGUGUGUGUGUGUGUGUGUUCAGUUUUUAAUCACUUAAAUUCUUUUGAUGAAGAAGCUGGUUUCUAACAAAGACACAACACUCCAUCCUUGGAAUGUAGAUAACAAACACAAUGUCACAUUUUAAACUUGAGAAAAGUCUUGCAUAUUUUUACUGUUCCACUUACAGAAUGUAUUUGUAUUGUGCCAAUCAGUCGGUUGAUUUCGUUUUCUGUGUGCGCGCGCAUGCGCUCUCAGACGUACACAAACUCCUGGAUGCGAGGCUGGGCAGCAUCGUUGGAUCUCUCCUUCCUUCUCUUUAUCUCCCUUUUCCUCUCUCUCAUACACAUACUACGCAAAACUCAUGCACAUGCGUGGGCGGUCUAAUUAUACACACACACACACAUUUACCCCACCACCGUCUAAUAUAACUUUAUUUGUCCAAUUCUCAUACUUUUUCUAAUUCAUAUGUAUGACAUUUUUAUUGCAAGCAUGAGGGUCCUUAAAAGAAAUCACCACCACCACCACCACCAUCGUCAUUAUCAAUGUUGUUAUUGGUGUUGUGUUGUUGUUGUUGUUGUUGUUGUUGUUCUUUUUCUUCUUCUAUACUUUUCUGUAUAGUGUUUGUAUACUGUAAACCCAAACGUUUUGGUUACGUAAUUUUUGGGAUGUAUUUUUUGCUAUUCCCAAGACACCUAUAAUUAUAAAUAUCUUAUUGUUUAUAAAACAUUCACUGUUCAUCUAUUAGUUUCAAGAAAAUAUAUUUUCUGUAAAUUGAAAAUCAAACCUUUAAUAAAAUGAACUGUAAAUAUGA